AUCCAAUCUUGCGGUGAGCAGCGUUUCAUAGUUACCCAAGAACUUUCGCUGCGGUUGCUGCACCCGACUUGCAACUCGAUUUUACAACCGCACCACCCUUUAAACCCACCACCUGUUUGACCGAGCGAACAAGCCAGCUUCGUCCCAUGCACUGCACCUCAUCAUUUUAUCCAACCCCAUGAUUCAUUUCCUCCAUGAUGACGGAACCACAGUCCGAAACCGAGACCAAACCACCGAAAAUGGCCUCUAAGACCCCCAUCGACUUUCACCACCCCUACACACCAUAUGACGUCCAGCUCGAUUUUAUGCGCACAGUUUACGACGUCCUGGAGAAGGGGAACGGACAAGUGGGCAUUCUGGAAAGCCCAACCGGCACCGGAAAAUCCCUCUCCCUAAUCUGCGCCACCCUCACCUGGCUGCGCGCCCACAAGCGCGCCCGCUACGAGGCCUCCUUCGACGCCACCGCCGCCGGCAUGCGCGGCGAGCCCGAGUGGAUGGUCGAGGCGGCGCUGCGCCGUAAGCGGGAGGAGCUGGGCAGCAAGUGGGAGGAGCGCGAGCGCGUGCUGGCGAGGGUGCGGGCAAGGGAGAGGGAGAUGGAGGAGCGUGGUGGUGGUGGUGGUAGUGGUGGGGGUGGGAGGGAGAGGGGGAGGAAGAGGGUGAGGGUUGAUGAUGGGGUGGGGAGGGGCGGGGGGGUGGAUGAGGAGAGGGAGUUUUUGGUUGCCGAGUGGGAGGGUGGUGGCGAGGGUGCAGGGGCGGGGGAUGGGCUCGAGGAGGGUGGGUUGAGUAGGGAGACGAGGGAGUUGAUGGAGAGGGUCGGUUUGGGGGGUGGGAAGAGGAGGGAUGAUGGGGAAGGUGAGGGGGAAAUUGAGGAUGAAGUGAAGAUUUAUUACACUUCUCGCACACACUCACAACUGACGCAGUUCAUCUCGGAACUACGGCGACCGGCGUUUCCUCCCUCAAUACCCACCGAGAUGGUGUCCGGCACUGGGAAGGAUGAUGAGCAGCCAACCACAGAAACGGUCAAACAGCUUCCGUUGUCUUCCAGACAGAAACUGUGCAUUAACCCCUCAGUCACAAAACUGGGGUCACUAUCCGCCAUCAAUGACCGAUGUACGGAGUUGCAGCAGUCGAAGACCAAAGAAAAAUGCGCUUUCAUGCCCAACACAGAAAAUCUAAAGCAGGCCCAUGACUUUCGGGAUGCAGCCUUGGCAACAAUCCCAGACAUUGAGGACUUACACAGGACAGGCAAGGAGUUGCAAGUCUGUCCCUAUUAUGCCUCGCGGACUGUCAUUCCAGGGGCCGAAGUCGUCACACUACCGUAUCCCCUCCUGCUUCAAAAGAACGCAAGAGAUGCCCUCGGAAUCAAGCUCGAGGGAAAUGUUGUCAUCAUCGACGAAGCUCACAAUGUUAUGGAUGCGGUUGCAAACGUCUAUGCCGCUGAGAUCCGUUUGAGCGAGCUGAGAAGGGCGAGGCAGAUGCUAAGUAUCUAUGUCAAACGGUUUGGCAAGAAGCUAAAAGGGGAGAACCGUGUCAUGAUUGCGCAAGUAGGCAAGGUCGUCGAGUCGCUCAGUGCGUGCUUGAACGACCAACUCGGCAUCAAGGGUGACCAAGGCAUUGUUGACUCGAACGCGGUUUUGAAGGCCCGCGGUGCAGACCAAAUUAACCUGUACCAGCUCAUAAGGUACAUCCAAGAAUCCAAGUUGGCAUACAAAAUCGAGAGCUAUGUCAAUCAUGCAGAAAACGAACAGGAAUCGUCAUCUACGACAUCCGGCAAACCCUCAUCAUCAACACCCGUUCUCCAUAUCCUCGUUUCUUUUCUCACCGCACUCACGAAUCUAAGCUCCGAGGGGCGAAUAUUUUUCGAAAAGCUUGCCACCACACCACCGGAUAUCAAACUUUCGUACCUUCUCCUAUCGCCCACGCACGCCUUCUCAUCCAUCGCGUCGUCCGCUAGGGCUGUCAUCCUGGCUGGCGGAACGAUGUCCCCGUUCGAAGACUACAAAGCUCACCUCUUCCCGACUUACCCAUUCGAGAAAAUCACGACGUUAAGCUGUGGACACGUUAUUCCACCUUCCAAUCUAUUCGGUUGGACACUCGCCUCGACAACCCCCACCGCACCGGGCAACACCAACGCCGAUUCAUUCGAGUUCAGCUUCCAGAAACGGAGAGAACCGAGCAUGAUCCGCCAACUGGGCCUCGCUCUCCUCAACAUAUGCACCGUUGUCCCAGACGGCGUAGUCGUCUUCUUCCCCAGCCACGGCUACCUCGACGAAGUCGUCGCCGCCUGGCAGGUACCCGAUACAACAACCCCGACCGCCACCACCCAGCCGACACUCUGGGACCGCCUCGCGGGCAAGAAAGCCGUCUUCCGGGAAACCAAGGGCGGAGUCAGCGAGGACGUGCUGCAGCAGUACAGCGACGCAAUCCUGUCACCCACCCCACCACCACUGUCGGGAUCCCAGUCCGCCGCGAAACCGCGCCGGCCGGGCGGCGCGCUACUCCUCAGUGUCGUCGGCGGCAAGCUCUCCGAGGGUAUCAACUUCUCGGACCGCCUCGGCCGCUGCGUUGUUGUCGUCGGUCUUCCGUACCCCAAUAUCCAUUCUCCUGAUUGGAAGGCGAGGCUGGAGUAUAUCGAGGCGACGACGCUGGCGCGGUUGACGGAGGGGGAGGGGGAGGACGGAGUUGGCCCUGAUGCCCCUGUACGCGGGGAGGCGGAGGCCCGGGCGCUGGCGAAGCAAGCCGCGAGGGACUUCUACGAGAAUGCUUGUAUGCGGGCGGUGAAUCAGAGUAUUGGGCGGGCGAUACGGCACCGGGCGGAUUAUGCUGCGGUCGUGCUUGUUGAUCGGCGGUUUGGGACGGAGAGGAUCAGGGGGAAGCUGCCUGGUUGGAUCAGGGCGGGAAUGGAGGAGGGUGCUGGGGGUCUGCAGGGGCUGCUGGGAGGAUUGAGUAAGUUUUUCAGGGGGAAACAAGAGGCUGCGUCGUGAC